AUGCCUACCCUCGAUGUCAGCGAGCUGAAUAUUGUGCUCUCAGUCCUAGGGGCAUUCAUUCUUCUUUACGGAUUCAUCUCGUAUAAAAUCAAAAAUGUCUGGUAUCUUGGAGAAGCAUUGCCUGCUGUUAUUGUUGGGAUAGCCUUGGGGCCCAUUGCAUCGAAAUUCAUUGAUGCUGAACGAUGGGGUGUUGCGGCUCCUGAACAGCAAAAUGCCAUAACACUCGGGAUCACUCGUGUUGUGAUUGGGGUGCAAUUGGUGAUUGCUGGUUUCCAACUUCCUGCAAAAUAUCAGUUGACGCGUUGGAAAGAAAUGCUGCUUUGCUUGAUACCCAUCAUGACAGUCAUGUGGUUGUGCACAACGGGCUGCAUUCUCUUGACUGUCCCAAAGCUCACAUUGCUUACUGCCCUUGUCAUCGGAUCCUGCGUAACCUGCACAGACCCAAUCCUUUCCCAGGCCAUUGCCAAAGGGCCCUUUGCCGACAAGUUUGUUGCUCGAGAUCUUCGUGAAAUCAUCUCUUCCGAAGCCGGGGCCAAUGACGGAUUCGGAUUCCCGUUCCUCAUGCUCGCAACCUACCUUAUCCGCUAUGCUGAUGUACCGGGGGCCGGAAACGCCCAGGGUCUCCAUGCAAGGUCAGGAGAGGUUGGCCGCCUCGGUGGAGGGGUUGGCAAGGCUCUUCAAAUGUGGAAAUGGAUUGACAAUGAGAGUUACCUCCUAUGGCCUGCGGCGCUAGGUUUCUUCAUUGUGGGUACUUGCGGCGCUCUUGGUACCGAUGACCUUCUCGCGUGCUUCGUGGCUGGAAAUGCACUCAACUGGGAUGGCGGUUACCUCGAAGAAUCAGAAGCACGACAUGACGAGGUCAAUUCGUGUAUUGAUGUGUUGCUCAAUUUUGGCGGGUUCAUGUAUAUCGGCUCCAUCCUCCCCUGGAGUGAAUUCCACCAACCGGAAAUCACUGGCAUCACGUAUCCACGACUUAUUGCUUUGGGCUUUCUUGUCAUGGCUUUCCGUCGACUUCCAGCGAUCCUCAUGGCAUACAAACUAAUGCCAAAAGUCUGCAAAAACUGGAAAGAAGCUUUGUUCAUGGGCUACUACGGACCAAUAGGUAUCGGCGCGGUCUUCUAUCUUGAACACUCCCGCCAUCUUUUCCCUGAGCUGGGCGAAGGCGAUGCCGAAGAGACGAUUCUCGCAAGAGCCAUUGGGCCGACUGUCUACUGGCUCGUUCUUUUCUCUAUCGUCUUCCACGGUCUUUCAAUUCCGAUCCACAAUCUCAUCAACAAAGCCCUUGGAGUUGCGCCAAUUGUCGACCCCUCUGGUCCUGCAGAAAUCCGCCCGCUAUCAGCCAAUAUGCAAUUGCCUAAGAACAGCGCGGUCAAUACUAAACGUCAAUCCAUCAUGGCAUACAAUCGAUUCUCGCGGAGCAAUUUCCCCAGCAAUCCCGGCUGGGAAAUUCCGACAACAACUCGAAAUGUGGACUACGAAAGCGCAUACUCCCAGCCUCGUCGAGCUCCAGCGAUCCGUUACGAUGACGAUGUCAAAGUAUAA